AGUUAGAAAAGCCAUUCCUUCUUCUCUUAUUCUUCUUUACCUUUCUUUGCAUCCCUUAUUAUAUUUAUCAUCUAUUCUAGAGUGGGUUGAAGUAUAAUGGAUGAGUUUGAUACACCCGAGCCAGCCAACGCCCCCGUACCCCCCGAGUCAAAGCUUGUGGCAGCGUGCAGAAGAAAAGAGUGGAAUGUCGCCGAAAAAAUUCUCCAAAAUGAAAUAUUCAGGCCACGACACUCCGACGCUCAGGAUCUUCCGAUCGUAUUUCCAUUUUUGCAACGCUUGGACGACGAUGGCUGGGAAAGGGUUUUGAAUGUUAUAUUGAACCAUCACCCAGGUAUCCUGCUUGCAAAAGACCGCAAUGGCCGGACGGCUAUUUCCCAUGCAGCGGGCUGCGGUAAAAUCAGAUCUGUGCAACGCCUAUUAAAGACAAAACAGAUACCAAGGGAGGAUAUGGUCGAAGCGCUUCUCUGCGUCGGAAGACAUCGUUCCCCUAAUUCCAGAGCAGUCGACAAGGUCAUACAACUUCUUAUCGAGAACGGAGUCGACAUAUCGAGGAAGCAUGAAGGAGCGAUACCUUUGACCCACGCAGUGAAGCUUGAGUGGGUGCAUGUUGUGGACUGGUUCUGCAGGAAUUCUUCCACCUUGGCCCCAGAGGCAUUCACCUCUCAAGACGAUCAAGGCCGGUCACCGCUGUCCAUUGCUGUUCUCGAUAAGCACGACUGGGCCAUUGUUCCCCUUCUCAAUACGGGUUACUAUGACGGUUAUGGCGACAGCCACGGACGAACGCCUCUGUACUGGCUCCUACAGAGCGAGAGGGAGGAGACGCAGAAGAGGAAACUGGCCGAGAUUCUCAUCUGGAAGGAAGCACACGACAACAACAUGGGCGUGCAUUCCGGACCGCAACCAUUUGAUAUUGAGUCUCUGGGUGUGCAGCCCAGAAGUCCUCUGCAUGUGGACCCAGAGAUGCUGAACCAGUAUCAUCGGAACGAUGGGCUCAGCUUGUUAUCACACGCAGUUCGCAGCAACGAAGGAGAAGUCAUCAGGACGAUACUGAAAAUCCCCGGAAUCCAGGUAGAUGCACCAAAUAAAGACAGCACUACUCCUUUGCAGGUUGCCUUAAUUGAGAACAAGACCGAUGCUGCAAAAGCACUGAUGGAUGCAGACAUUUCCACAUUUAAAAAGUUGAUCAACGAAGGCGCCAUGGAUCUACUUGAACAGCUGCUAGAGCUAGGGUACGAUGUCAACCGCGAGGUUGACAAGGGCCGUCCUCUGCUUCACUAUGUCCUGGAAAAUACAAACACGAAUGCAGCUGAGGAACUACUUGGAAUCAUUCUCAACCCAGAGCGUGGCAAAAGAAUAGAGGACGUCAACCAGCCGGAUGGGCGACAGAGGACCGCACUGCAGUUGGCAGAGGGAAAGCUGCAACUCAUGCGUCUUCUUCUCUCAUAUGGUGCGGACCUAGAGCGUUCCACCAUGCAGAAGGAUGACUGGUUUCGUAUGUAUUUCCUACAUACCCCAUUUCAGAAUCAUUCUUUGCGUUGGGAAAGGGCUACGUCUGCGUUACUGUUCAAGCGUUGGGGCGAUGGGGGGAUCGAGGUUGAAUUCCGACAUUUGAGCGAAAUGCAGAUAUUCCCAUGCUGCCCAGGCAGUAGUAGCUUCAACUCGGAGGCGAGCAUACUGUGUGUUGUUGGUCUAUACUCUACGCUGCAACUAUAACUAACUAUAGGCUAUGGGAAUAGUGUGCUCAAGGACAUGAGAUCCUUUGAAUAUCUGCCCCUUGUAGCACCCGUUUGCUGUGCUCGAACGUGGCGCAACUACCACAUUUUCUCUG